AUGUUCGAAUCGACGCUUCGAGCCGACUAUCCGUGGCUAACGGCAGGUGCACCGAUUGUGAUCGGCGCCCCUAUGAUGCGCAUCAGUAUGGCAAAACUAUCGGUAGCAGUCUCUGCGGCAGGUGGUAUUGGAUUCCUAGCAGCCGGCUUCGAUUUGUCCGGUCUUUCGGGGGAUCUGACGCAAGUGAGAGACCUUCUCAAGAGCAUCACUAUCACGACCAAAGAUGAUAUUCUUCCGAUAGGUGUGGGCUUCCAAAAUUGGGGCGCAGACAUGCAGCUUGCGAUCAAUGCCCUGGCCGAGCAUCCAGUUGCCGCAGUAUGGUUCUUUGCGCCGAAGCAGCUGAGCGACCUGAUGGCCUGGACAAAAGUGAUUCGAGAAAGCUCGGGCGGGCGCACCAAGAUCUGGAUACAAGUCGGGACGGUAGGAGAGGCGCUGGAGGUGGCGAAAACUUCCAAACCAGAUGUUCUCGUCGUUCAAGGAAGUGACUCUGGCGGCCACGGUAUUGCCCAAAGAGCUAGCAUCGUAACCCUAUUGCCCGAGGUGGCAGACGUUCUUGCCAAAGAGGGCGUCAGCACCCCCCUGAUCGCCGCCGGAGGCAUUCUAGAUGGUCGUGGAUCAGCCGCUGCGCUUGCUCUUGGCGCAGAUGGUAUCUGUCUAGGAACCAGAUUGCUUGCUUGCGAGGAAGCGGUCAUUGCCAAAGGCUAUCAGGAUGAAAUACUCCGAGUGAGCGAUGGCGGCGUCAGCACUGUCUCCACCAAGAUCUACGAUGCUGUCCGCGGCAUACAAGGCUGGCCAGACGCAUACACGGGCAGAGGAGUCGCCAAUCAGAGCUACCUAGACCAUCUUCAGGGCAUGGAUGAUGUGGAGAAUGCUGCUUUGUACAAGGGAGCCGUGGAGCAGGGCGAUGCUGGCUGGGGCCCCAGUGGUAGGAUGACCACUUACGCUGGUACUGGCGUUGGCCUGGUCACGUCGGUGAAAGCUGCGAGGGAGAUUGUGACUGAGGUCCAGAGGGAUGCUGUGUCCAUCUUGAGCAGAAGUGCAAGUAGAUUUGCGCAAGGCUUGCGCAAUAGACUCUGA